AUGAUAAUUACAGGUGAAGAGAGCUUUGUGUCACUAAAUAAAUGUUGCUGUAAUUACAAGAAGACUUAUGCUGACUUCACACAAGCUGUUCUAAGAGAUCUUGGUGCCAUGGAAAGUUUUAAACUUCAAAAGCAGUUUUGGUAUACAAAAGUCUCAAUGGGCGGGGAAGUCAUGCCUUCUUCUGCAUCUGAGACACGGCUGGUCAAGAAUCAUUCAGAUCUAUUAACAAGGUCUUACUACAGAGGCGUUGCUGGUGCACUUCUGGUUUAUGUCAGGCAGUAGGUUCUGAGGUGUCUGCUGAGGUGGAGUUUCCAAAUAAGAAAAGUUUUAUUCUUGGCAUGGAAAAUAAAGCAUUGAAACGACGGUUGGAGGGUUAUAUCUUAAUUGUUCUCUUUUAAAUAUCCUUUCUAUGCUUUUGUCAUGUAACAUACUUUUCACAAUUUAUCAACUUUCUUAAUACUACGA